AUGUCGCGUUUCCGCGUGAAGACGUUGGUGGUGGUGCACAAGACCUUCCUGAUGAAUCAGUGGAGAGAGCGUAUUGCAAAGUUCUUGCCCAAUGCAAGUGUGGGUAUCAUUCAGCAGGGCAAAGUUGACGUGGACGGACAUGACGUGGUCUUGGCCAUGCUCCAAUCCCUAGCCCUGAAG